AGGCGACGGUUCAUGGCUCACGCCGCGGCUCCACCAUCUUCCAGGCUGCCGCGGCCGCCGCUGACGGUUAAUCAACAGAUAUACAGAUCAGCUCUCAAAAUGUCUUCUGUGUCUUCCGUGCAUCUUCUAAGACAAUUGCAUUAGCCCGCCUGCUAGUUGACUAAUAGAAUUAAUAAUUGUAAAAAGCACUCUAAAGCCACAUGCCUUAUGAAGUCAAUGCUGGGUAUGAUUUUACAAAUAUGGUCCGGAAAAAGAACCCCCCUCUAAGAAACGUUGCUAGUGAAGGUGAGGCACAGACCCUUGAGUCUACAGGUACUGAAAGUGAAGAGUCUGGAAGGAAAAAAGAAUUUCCCACAGAUCAGAUGCAAGAAAACACUGACCAGGGUGAUGCGGCAGAGUUAAAUAACAAGGAGGAACUUUGCACGCAUGUCCAAGAGCCAUCUCCCAGCAUUAAAAAGGACUUGAAAAGCUCAGUGCUGAGUGAAAAGGCUGGCUUCAAUUAUGAAAGCCACAAUAAGGGAGGAAAUGUUCCAUCCUUCCCUCAUGAUGAGGUGACAGACAGAAAUAUGCUGGCUUUCUCAUCUCCAGCUGUUGGGGGAAUCUGUGAGCCCUUGAAGUCUCCUCAAAAAUCAGAUGCAGAUGACACCCAAGAUGUGGUCUGUACCCCGUCAGGAGAUGCAGUGGAGACAAACGAGGAGCAUCAGAUGUCACCAAAAGCUUCAGAUGAAACAGUGCAAGUGCAAAGUGGUCAAACUGACGGUCAAGGCUCAAGCCCAGUCCCCAUGGCCUCAAAAAACCCACAAGUGCCUUCAGAUGGGGGUUUAAGGCUGAACAAAUCAAAAGCAGAUUUGUUGGUAAAUGAUAACCCAGAUACGGCGCCUCUGUCUCCAGAGCUUCAGGACUUCAAAUGCAACAUCUGUGGAUAUGGUUACUACGGGAACGACCCCACAGAUCUCAUCAAACACUUCCGCAAGUACCACCUAGGACUGCACAACCGCACCAGGCAGGAUGCUGAGCUCGACACUAAAAUUUUGGCUCUCCACAACAUGGUGCAAUUCAGCCACUCCAAAGACUUCCAGAAAGUCAACCGCACUGUGCUUUCAGGGGUGCUGCAGGACAUCAAUUCUCAGAGGCCUGUCUUAUUAAAUGGGACUUAUGAUGUGCAGGUUACUUUAGGUGGAACCUUUAUUGGCAUUGGGCGGAAAACUCCAGAUUGCCAAGGCAACACCAAGUACUUCCGCUGCAAAUUCUGCAAUUUCACCUACAUGGGCAACUCGUCCACUGAACUAGAGCAACACUUCUUACAGACUCACCCAAACAAAAUGAAAGCAGCCCUUCCCUCCUCUGAUUCUGGUAAAACUUCAGAGAAAAACUCCAAUAAAUCCAGUCCUACUCUUCGACCAUGUGAUUCUGGAGACUUGGGGAAGUGGCAAGACAGAAUCACUGUAAAAGCAGGAGAUGAUACACCAGUUGGAUAUUCGGUGCCCAUCAAGCCAAUAGAUUCCUCUAGACAAAACGGUACCGAUACAACCAGUUACUACUGGUGUAAAUUUUGCAGUUUCAGCUGUGAAUCGUCCAGCUCAUUGAAACUCUUAGAACAUUACAGCAAACAGCAUGGGGGAAACCAGUCAGGAAGCCUGCACCCAGACCUGAAUGAUAAGCUUUCUAGGGGCUCUGUCAUUAACCAGAAUGAUCUAGCCAAAAAUGCAGAUGGGGAGUUAGUGACAAAGACAGAAAAGGGUUCAAGCGUGGCAAAAAAGAAAGACUUGACUAGCAAAGGAGCAGAGGACAGCAUGGUGACAAGCUACAACUGUCAGUUCUGUGACUUUAGGUACUCAAAGAGCCAUGGCCCAGACGUAAUAGUGGUGGGCCCACUUCUCCGUCACUAUCAGCAGCUCCACAACAUUCAUAAGUGUACCAUUAAGCACUGUCAGUUCUGUCCCCGAGGCCUCUGCAGCCCAGAAAAGCACCUUGGAGAAAUUACUUACCCAUUUGCUUGCCGAAAAAGUAAUUGUUCCCACUGUGCUCUCUUGCUUUUGCACCUGUCUCCAGGGGUGACAGGAAGCUCUAGAGUCAAACACCAGUGCCAUCAGUGCUCAUUCUCCACUCCCGACGUCGACGUUCUCCUGCUGCAUUAUGAGAAUGCCCACGAAGCCCAGGCAUCCGAUGUCAAACCAGAAACAAAUACCCUGCAGGGGACCGAGGGGCCGCUGACUCUCAAAGAGAACAAAGAACACUCAUGUACCAAAUGUGACUUUACCACCCAGGUGGAAGAAGAGAUUUCCCGACACUACAGGAGAGUACAUAACUGCUACAAAUGCCGUCAGUGCAGCUUCACGGCUGUUGACACUCAGUCACUACUCGAGCACUUCAACACUGUGCACUGUCAGGAGAUGGAUGUCACUACGGCCAACGGAGAGGACAGCCACGGCGUUUCGUCCAUCAAGGAGGAGCCAAAAAUUGACCUCAAGGUCUACAGCCUCAUUAACCCGGACCCCAAAAUGGGGGAGCCCCUGUCUGAGAGCAUGGUGAAGAGGGAGAAGAUAGAAGAGAAGGAAGUGCUGAAGGACAAAAGUUGGACUGACAGCCCCGGCGAUGAUCUUCGCGGUGUGCCCUGGAGAGGAACGGACAUGUUGAGAGGGAGCCCGUCAUACACGCAAACGAGUUUAGGCUUAUUGACCCCAGUGUCCAUUGGGCAAGAGCAGCCAAAGCCGUUACGGGAUAGUCCGAACGUCGAAGCUGCCCACCUGGCGCGGCCCAUGUACGGCUUGGCUGUGGAGAGCAAGGGCUUCCUGCCGGGGGUGGCAGCUGGAGCGGCGGAGAAGGCCGGGCAGCUCACGCAGCAGUACCCGGGAUCCGGCGACAGCAAGUCGAAGGAUGAAUCCCAGUCCUUAUUACGGAGACGUAGAGGCUCGGGUGUUUUUUGUGCCAAUUGCCUGACCACAAAGACCUCUCUCUGGCGAAAGAAUGCAAAUGGUGGAUAUGUAUGCAAUGCGUGUGGCCUCUACCAGAAGCUUCACUCGACUCCCAGGCCUUUAAACAUCAUUAAGCAGAACAAUGGUGAGCAGAUCAUUAGGAGACGAACAAGAAAGCGCCUUAACCCAGAGGCACUUCAGGCUGAGCAGCUAAACAAACAGCAGAGGGGUAGCAGUGAGGAGCAAGUCAAUGGAAGCCCCUUAGAGAGGAGGUCAGAGGAUCACUUAACUGAAGGUCAUCAGAGAGAAAUUCAGCUUCCUAGCCUCAGUAAGUAUGAGGCCCAAGGUUCAUUGACUAAAAGCCAUUCUGCUCAGCAGCCAAUAUUGGUCAGCCAAACUCUGGAUAUUCACAAAAGGAUGCAACCUUUGCACAUUCAGAUAAAAAGUCCUCAGGAAAGUACUGGAGACCCAGGAAACAGUUCAUCGAUAUCAGAAGGGAAAGGAAGCUCCGAGAGAGGCAGCCCAAUAGAGAAAUACAUGAGACCUGCAAAGCACCCAAACUAUUCACCACCUGGAAGCCCUAUUGAAAAAUACCAGUACCCACUUUUUGGACUUCCAUUUGUACACAAUGACUUUCAGAGUGAAGCUGACUGGCUGAGAUUCUGGAGUAAAUAUAAGCUGUCUGUUCCUGGGAAUCCACACUACUUGAGUCAUGUGCCUGGCCUACCAAAUCCUUGCCAAAACUAUGUGCCUUAUCCCACCUUUAAUCUGCCUCCUCAUUUUUCAGCUGUCGGAUCAGACAAUGACAUUCCUCUAGAUUUGGCGAUAAAGCAUUCCAGACCUGGGCCAACUGCAAAUGGUGCCUCCAAGGAAAAGAGUAAGGCACCACCAAAUGUAAAAAAUGAAGGUCCCUUGAAUGUAGUAAAAACAGAGAAAGUUGAUAGAAGUACUCAAGAUGAACUUUCUACCAAGUGUGUGCACUGUGGCAUUGUCUUUCUGGAUGAAGUGAUGUAUGCUUUGCAUAUGAGUUGCCAUGGUGACAGUGGACCUUUCCAGUGCAGCAUAUGCCAGCAUCUUUGCACGGACAAGUAUGACUUCACAACUCACAUCCAGAGGGGCCUACACAGGAACAAUGCACAAGCUGAAAAGAAUGGAAAACCUAAAGAGUAAACCUUAGCACUUAGCACAAUUAAACAGAAAUAGGUUUCCUUGAUGGGAAUUCAAUAGCUUGUAAUGUCUUGUGAAGACCUAUAAAGCACUUCAUAUAGAGAGCAUGCCUUAUAAAAAUCCCUUGUUUUUUCCUUUUCUUUUCUUCUUCUUCCCCCUUUUUUUUUCCCUUUUUUUUUUUUUUUUUAUGAGUGGGUUACCAAGAAAGAAAAGAACAUUUGGAUGGUGGCCAGAAGGGGGAAAAGAUAAUUUUAUGGAAUAUGGCCCACCAAAGCUAGCCAGAAUGCAGUGAACCAUGGCGAAUAACCUUGAGAAAAUUUUACCGGACAAUUAAUACCUUUGCUGUUGUGUAAGAGACAUAACUGGCAAGAAUGCAAAGAUGUGUAUAUGUAUAUACUGCUGCAGGGGUAUAGUGAACAUAUGCACAUUGUAUAUAAUAACUAGACUUGUUAAAUAUACAGAUGUUAAAAGGUCAUUUUCUUUUCCUUAAUUUGGGCUAAUUUCUGCCCUACAACAUGCCUUAGUAUCACUUUGUUCUCAAAGCUUUGGCAGCAAUUUCAUCUAGAUGUUUCUCAGACUCAGCUGAUUUUUAGCUACCAUUUUAUCACUACAUUCUUUCUGGCACACUUUAAUCUAGGAAAACCAUCUUGUUCAAAUGAAGUGUCUCUAAUACGGAAGCCACACUCCGGGUUUAAUUUGCAUAGAACAAGGUAACCUGCUGUAUUUUAUUUUAAUAUAUUUUAAUAUAUUACAUUUCUAAACCUUAAAAUCUAAGGUUACUUCUCCACAGGCUUAACAUUGCUAUACAUACCAGUCAAUCCCUUCAGUAAACUUAUACCAGCUUUUGCUAAGUAGCAUUAAAUGUCUUCAUAGUACUUUUUCAUACUUAAAGCUUUGUAAAAAACUAUCCAUGAAGGGAAAGCUCCUCAGCAUAACUGCUCAGGGAAAUAGGGCUAAAUAACUAAAUAUUAAAUAAUUGGUUAAAGGUGCUGUUAGACGAGCCUCCAUGCUUGCUACAAGGGUGUACAAGAACUGACUUUAAUCAUUUUCAUUAUAGUGUCCCAACCAGUAGUUUAUUAUUUUGCCACGGGGAUGUAGAAGAUAUUACAAGCUACUGGAUGCACUGUCAGAUUAACUUAUUUCAUUAAAGAAGUUGGGAGAACAAAUAGAAAAAAACCUUAUUUUUCUAGUAAAUAUUAAUGUAUUACAUUUCAAAUAAUGGUGCCUGACAUAUUGAAUAAUUAUUUUCUACAGUGUACGUAUGCAACAAAGAUAUUCCAUCAUGCAUUAGAGUCAGUUCUGGCUCUGCCUCGCUGUUUACAUUUGCAAAUGUAGCAAACAAGGUAAUGAAGCAACUAUUUCUAUUGCAGUAGGUAUCUUUUUUUCUGUGUGUGUGCAUUAAAGUUGUAAACGAUAACAUGAAAUGAAUGAAAUUUGUUGAUAUUAAUGGUAUGGGAAAACAAGAAGGAAAUGAAAAUAUUUUUAUGCCUACUUAGGAAAAAAAGGGUAGCACUAUUCAUUCCAAGUACUUUUGUAUUCUUAAGCUCUUAACUCACAUUGUUAUGCUUAAAAUGAUAAACAUAUAUCCUCUUUUUAUUGCUUUGUCUGUGUUUCAGAAGAAACAUUUCAGAAAUUAUUUUGAUAAGUGCUGUUUGACGAUGCAGCACUGAUGUUUUAUUGCAUUCUGUAGUAGCAUUGCACUCCAUUUUUACAAUAUUACGCAGUUGCUUUUUUGUUUUGUUUGGGUUUGUUUCUUUUUCGCAGUGCAGGGUCUUAGUUUCUUAUGGUUGGAUGGCAGGUGUAGCUCAACUGGUUCAUGAAUGUUGCAGCGAAUGAAGUUUAAAAUGUCUUUCUGAUAUUACGUUGUCUUUUGUUUCUCCAUUCAUGCAUUUUAUUUUUUAAAAUGUUCUAUAAAAAUAUCUCUGGACUAAGUCCUCACUUGAGAUUAUAUGUAAUGGGUCCUAUUCUGAUCUUACUUACUUGCCGCCUUUUUCAGAUUUUCAUGUAAUUGAAACUAAAGCAUCAUAAGAAAAAGAAUUAUUGUAUUUAACUUACCGGAGUCUCACCACUCUCCCUUCUAGAAUUUGGUGCACUUACAAGAUACUUAACGAGAUAGACGGGGAGGUGGAAGAUAAAAGGAGAGGUUAUAGGAAAUGACUUAUAGGGGUUGGCAAAAGUAAAAAUGGGGAGGAAAUGGCCUAAACAUUCAGCACUUUGACAGUCUUUUGCAAAGUAAUGUGCCUAAAGCAGCCUGCAACAAACAUCACCAUGCAUGAGAAGCACUUACACAGCUGAUCACCACAGGUCUUACUGACCUUGGCAGUAUUUUAGGUGUUACAUUUUUGCACAGAUGAAACGUUAUUGCACGGUUUCUCUGACUCGUUAGGCACAAACAGGCUAUUGUUCAGCAUUAGGCUUGCAGUCCUUCCUGCUCCACCCAUUGCUUCUAUACUGGUGAGCAGCAUAUGGAAAAUCCCACUCAAUCUGCUCAUGGUUGAGUUCUAUAACCCUUUAAUAGUGUUCUAGGUUAGCAACGGAUUUUGGGCCACAUUCUUCUUCUUCUAUUUUUAGAUGAAUCUCCUGCUUGAUACCAGUGCCGGACAAUGUCUGGUUAUGUUUUUACUAUUGUUCUCCAGUAAUAAGUUCUGAUUUGGUUUUUGUUGAUUUAUUUUUGUUGGGAAUUUUCUGUUUCUAUUUUUUUUUGUUUGUUUCUGGUUUUUUGUUUUGGGUUUUUUUUUUCUGUGGGGACUGAAAUAGAUUGCCCUCGUUUUGUUACGUCAGGGUCCAGUGUGUGUCCUUUUCAGCUUUUCCAAGAAACAUCGUAGGCUCAUUUAGUAGUGAUUUUAUUGGCUUCAGAGGUAGCUGUCUGCCUGUUAUCAGUAGUUACUGUUCUGACUUACUUCUUCCAAGACCUACCAGUUCCUGUAGCUUCUUCAUUUGUGGAAGCUGCAUCUUCAUGGCAAAAUAUUUUGUAGGGGACGUGUGGAUUAUAAGACUUGAGCAUCACCCUGUACUUCAUAACACUCUUGCUAAACUCAGAAGCAGAGGCCAAUAGGGGGAAAUACACAUAUCAGGGUUUGGGGAUGAGAAGAAAUUAAAUCUUUUGAGUGCAAAGAACAAGACAGAGUUCUGAACUAAUAUUUUACCUAGAUGGUACAAAUAAAAUUCAAAAAAAAAAAAAAAAAAAAAAGUGAUUGUUCUUGCCAUGACAUAUUGAGAUGUUCUAAUGUUUCUACUUUGUAAGAAAUGAGACUUCAGCCCAACCUGUUCUCUUUGAUUACACCUUUCUGGAGGAGGGGGGCAGAAGGGGGGGAAGAAGGGACAUUGCUUUAUUCUUAUCAGAAGAGAGGUGAUUCCACCCCUCUUCCUAACCUCCUCAGAAUGGAUAUUAAUCAAAAGAAAAAUAAGUCCUGAAAUUGAAAACAAAGGUUUCUUAUUUAUUAACUCUCAAGUGGAAAUCAGUGUUAACCCACAACAUUAAUUAUUGCACCCACUGCAUUUUGAUCAAUUUACAGCACUAAAUUUAAACUUUCAAAAGAAUUAUUCUUUGUCCUCAGUUUCCAGGCAUCUUCACGGUGUUGUACUUAUCUUUAUAAUGAGCGAUAGUUGAAGUUCUGAAAAUGUAUCUCAGAUUGGACCCCAAAGUAUACAGACUGUUUGAAGAUACAGGCUUUGGUGCAUUAAUCAGCUUGCAGAAUAAAGUGUCCAUUUACCUAAGGAUUAACACUGUAUAGCUGGAACUGUGAUGCAGUAUCUUCUGCUAACUGAACUCUCUGUCAGUUAUCACUUCGUAACUGCUGCACCCGAGGUUAAUACAGUGGAAGGUGAAUAUUUUCCAGAGCACAGUUAGUGUUUAGGUGCUGAACUCCAACUGCCUUCCAAAAGAAGUUUUGCACCUAAUUGCCACUUGUGCUGAUGAAACUCUCCUCUUAAAUUUUCAUAGACCCACCAGAAAGCAUGAGGGAUGCUGGAUACAUCAUGUCUUUAUUUUUUUUUUUUUUUUUUGGGGGGGGGGAUGUGAUGUUUCACAAUGUGUCCAUUUUAAGAGAGGAAAUACAGAGACGUCUCCAAAAGGUGGGGAACGCAGUGAAUGAGAGAUUAUGUUUGCAGUUAGAAGGGUAGCAGGACAAAUGCGACCAAUGCUAAAACAUAUGCAGUGCUGAAACAUAGCAGUUGUGCAGUGGGAAGACCUAACUUGGCAACUGUGGAUAGGGACAGUUCAGUUCGGGGACUUGCAAACCUGUAUUUAGACAGGACAAUGUUGCUUUCUAGUCAUAACUACCUUGUGUUUUGUGCCGAGGAUGCUGCCUACCAUCUGCUUUUUGCCCAGCAUGUAUAAAUGUAUUCCCAUUCUUGCUCCUGUAUUGAUUUUUCUUGGCUGACUGAACAUGCUAAUUCCUAAUACUGGUCAGGAAAAGCCAAAGAGAUUAGAAGUUCACUUCUGUUCAGCCAGAAGGGUAGAUACAUUUCCCUCUGCUUCUGUGGAGACGGUUAUGCUUGGCAAAGGAUAGUGAGUAAUUUGUCAACUUAUCCAAACUGCGAUAGAUAAGUGAGAAAUCUUUUAGAAACUUUUCCAUAAAGUUAGGGUGGGCCAAAGGGAAUGAUUCCUAUAAUUUCCUCAUCCCAGAAUACGAUCCCUCCCUACCCACUCCCUCACAAUAUCACUUGAGCAGCGAGCUCUGGAAAGGUGGCAGUUGGUGAGAUGCUACCUGUAUAAUAAUAAUCACGUAGAAUGUAAUUUACCUCUUUUUAAGAGGACAAAAGAAAAUGAUGUCAUGACUCCCAACUAGAAAAAUACCAGUUCUGUUUGGGUACACUUUGUAGUGUAACAUGCUUAGAAUAAACAUUGUAACAACAACCACACUUUUCCAUGCUGUGUCCUAUAAUUUUGGUCUCUGAGCUCUGUGUAGAAGGAGAACAGGAGGAAAGGAAACAUCUCAAAAUGCCAUUGUAAAUUUAGCUUAUUAAAAAUUCACCAGCAGAAAAAGGAAAGAAAAAGUACUUUAUAAAGAAUGACUUCAUGUUGCUAAAAAUCGUCUUUAAUCUGUAGCCCUGAUUUGACUCUAGAAUGUUGGCUCUUACUGUUUUGUCCUUACAACACAUGGAUGUGUUUUUUGUUCUGUUUUGUUUUGGGUUUUUUUGUUUUGUUUUGUUUUGUUUUUUUGAUUUUCAUAGUGCAUGUUCAUUUCUACUCACAAACAUGUUCUUGGUGUAUUUCUUAUGCAAACAAUCUUCAGGCAGCAAAGAUGUCUGUUACAUCUAAACUUGAAUAAUAAAGUUUUACCACCAGUUAUAAA